UCUUUAUAAGGCAGGUAUGAAUGUACCAGGAAGAGGAGCACAUAAAUGAGCAGGAUGUCUGUGGAGUUGUACAGUCCCAACAUGAGUGAAAGUGGGGCCUCUCUGGUCCAGGUGACGCAGCUUCCCUGCCGUAGUCUCCCCCUUUGUCGCCUGCAGACUGGUGGACAUCAUAUGCACAACCUCCCUAACCUCACCUACAAGCCGUGGGCCAACGAUCAAAGCCUGGCAGUGGCCUCCAGCCCAACCAUGUCCAUACGUCACAGGAUAAGUGGAGCCAUGGCAGGCACUUGUUGUAGCCCGGAGUGUGCGGCCUCCAGACUGGCAGAAGAGGCAGCAACGGCCUGCAGUGUCUCAAAGGGGAAUGUGGUGGUGACAGGAGGAACGGGAUACUUUGGCUUCAAUCUGGGGAAAGAACUGGCCAAUGAGGGGUUCUCAGUGAUCCUUCUAGACGUGAACAAACCCUCCUGUGAUGUUCCUGACGGAGCAAUCUUUUAUCAGAGUGACAUUCGGGACUAUUCCUCCCUCUAUAAAGUAUGUGAAGGGGUCGACUGCAUAUUCCACACAGCAUCUUAUGGCAUGUCCGGACCAGACCAGCUGAGGAAGGAACAAGUGGAAUCUGUUAAUGUUGCAGGGACCAAUAACGUCAUUAAUGUGUGCAAAGAAAGGAGCAUCUCCAGACUGGUGUACACCAGUACCAUCAAUGUGGUGUUUGCAGGUAAACCAAUUGAAGAUGGAGAUGAGGCUUCAGUGCCAUAUGUGCCCAGUGAUUUGCACAUCGACCACUACUCCAGAACUAAAGCAGUCGCAGAGCAGAUAGUCCUCUCGGCCAACGGGUCCUCUCUGAAAGCUGGAGGCGUGCUGCGGACCUGCGUCCUACGGCCUUGUGGUAUCUAUGGACCGGAGGAAAGGAAACAUCUUCACAGAGUAAUGAUGAAUGUGGAGCGUCGCCUGUUCAGCUUCAGGUUUGGUGACCCAGGGGCCAGGAUGAACUGGGUACAUGUAGACAACUUGGUGAUGGCCCACAGGCUGGCAGCUGAGGCUCUCACACCGAAGAGGAACUGUGUCGCCAACGGGCAGGCCUAUUUCAUCAAUGAUGGUGUUUCAGUCAAUCUGUUUGAGUGGCUGACCCCUUUGUUUGAAAAACUGGGCUACAAGAGACCACAGAUCAAUCUGCCAGUUUCACUUGUCUAUUCAGCAGCCAUCCUGGUGGAAUAUUUACAUGUGAUUCUCAGGCCAGUGAUAAAAGUACCUCUCCUUUUCACCAGAAGUGAGGUCAGGAACAUCACAGUGAGCCACACCUUCAAAAUUGACAAGGCCCGUCGAGAACUGGGUUACAAACCGAAGCCCUACAGCCUCACAGACUCUGUGGAGCUGUAUCUGAAGAACAGAAAGCCUCGCUCCAGUUCGUCCUUGACCUCCAAGCUGCCUCAAACUUUUAUUUUGCUACUGCUGGGUCUCAGCUUGAUGCUACUCAUGUGGUCCUGUAUAAUCAGUCAGAACUGAAUAAAUUUGUACUAUACUGUGCAGAAGGAUAGACUAUAAUUCAUCUCAGGCUUUCUAUUUUCUAAUCAGACACCUAAUCUCUUUGUUAGGAAGUGAAAUGAAAGGUUUUCAUUAGUAGUGGCAAAUCUGUUGAAACUCACCAGACACAAUAAAGGAUGUUUUAAAGAUAAGUGUUGUGUAGUUAGGCUAUACCCCUGUCUUGCUUCCCAAAGACAGCAAUUUCCCCUGAUGUAAGUGCACUUCUCCUCUUCUACCUUUUGAAAUGAUGUGUGCCUGAUUUCAAAUUGAUGAAACAUCUGAAAAGUAUUAAACUAGCAUUAUGUGUUUGAUGUUAAUGUUAAGCUAUUUAAAAACAAAACAAAACAUGAUUGCCUAACUUUGUAUUACUGUGAUUUACACUGUCAAUUAUUGUAUUUAUAGCAUAAAUGUUUGUUGUGUAUUAUGUUUCUUUAGAUUUUAAUUACUAUU